AUGUCGGAGGAGGAUGAGUGGAACCCACCAUCACAUCAUCUAUCACUGAACCCCCUCGACAUCCUGAAUCUGGAUAAAGGCAAGCGGCAAUGGGUCAUCGCUCUGAGUGAAUUAUAUGCAGACGGACCGUUUGCCGCAAUCUCACGAAAGCCUCCUCCCACCGUCACCCCCAUUCAUACCAAAGUUCGCACCAUCCAACACAUCACUGAUAGGCAUGGUGGAGUGCAUGGCAAUCAAUAUCGACAAUCGUCAUCAGUAUCAUGGUUAAGAGGUCUGGGCACGUGUCCAUAUAUGAUGAUACUGGAAUAUAGAACAUAUUUUAAUGUUGGCAGAUCUAAGUCUGUUGGCAAGUCUGGCUUAUCCAAGCUUUGCAAUUGGGCAUGUGGUGUUUUACAUAAUUGGUAUCAAGAACAAGUUUCUAAACAACUUGCCAGUAACUUCAUUUCAUUCAAUUCGACAGGGCCCGUGAUGCGUGACAGUAUUUCUUUGGUUGUGCCAGCUUCCACCUUCAAGAUGAGCUUUGUGACAUUGACACUUGGUGGAGAUUAG